UGCCGGAUCUAGCUUCUUUUUUCCUCCGCUGGAAGCCAUGAUGGAAGUUUGAGAGUUGGGCAGGAAGAGACGGAGCGAGAGAGCUGCGGGAAGAUGAUCCCUCAGGACGGGCGUUGGAAGUUGUAGAUCCCGGGGGCUGCGUGGGAAGCGUGUGCGAGGUGGAGGCUGUCAGUUUUUGGGCUCGUUUUGUUUCGGAAAAGCGUCGUCGAGCUUUUUUAUUGGAGAACGAUGGUGGUUCGUUAGGUUAGCUAGGAGGCUUUAGGUUUUGAACGGAGAAGGAGGAGAAAGGAGGAGGAGGGAGAGAGAGAGACAUAGAGAGACAGUGUGUGAGCGGAGGAGAGAGAGAGCUAGAGAGACAGAGAGUGGCUGGCUAGCUUUUGUUGCUAGCUAGCGAUGCUAAAGUUACGUAGCGAGUGGCUUUGGGGGAAGAAAAAAAAGGCUGCGAGUCGGUUUUCCUGCUUUAGCCACGAUGGAGAGGAUCCCGGCCUCUUGGCGGACCUGAACCACGGCGCCUGCUGCGCGCCCGGGCUCAGGGACUGGUAGCUAGCUCGGCUGCUGCUAGCUCGGCGGCUGCUGCUGGUGCUAGUGCGGGUUCGGCUGCUUGGAGCUUCGGGGACGAGCUUCGUCGUUUGUCGCCGGCUGCCUCUCUGGCUCUCUCUCGGUGGACAGCGCGGUUUUUCAGCGGGGGAGAGAGCGGGGCCUGCUUUUGUUGGAGCUGCUGCUGCUGUUACUGCUGCGGAGGCCCCAGGCUACCUGACACAUAAAACACCACAACCACCAGAGAACGGAGAGACAGAGAUAAAAAAGAAGAGAGAAGAAAGGAAAAGAGAGCCAGACACAUCCACAAUCAACUGAUAAACCAAGACUUCUGAACCAUAAUCAUAUAAACUCCUAUAGAGAACUAACCUAACCUAGCUAACGGCUAGUUAGCUAGCUAUAGAACUCCUGUCACUGCGAUGGCUGCCAUCAUUAAAGAGAUUGUCAGUCGCAAUAAGAGGAGAUACCAAGAAGAUGGAUUCGAUUUGGACCUUACUUAUAUUUACCCAAACAUCAUCGCCAUGGGCUUUCCUGCAGAAAGGCUUGAGGGAGUCUACCGAAACAACAUAGACGAUGUAGUUCGGUUUUUGGACUCGAAACACAGAAACCAUUACAAAAUUUAUAACUUAUGUGCAGAACGACACUAUGACGCAGCCAAAUUCAACUGUAGGGUUGCACAGUACCCUUUUGAAGACCACAACCCCCCUCAGCUGGAGCUGAUUAAGCCCUUCUGCGAGGACCUCGACCAGUGGCUGUCCGAGGACGAGAACCAUGUGGCGGCCAUCCACUGCAAGGCUGGCAAAGGUCGUACCGGGGUCAUGAUCUGUGCCUACUUGUUGCAUCGUCAGAAGUUUAUGGAGGCGCAGGAAGCUCUGGAUUUCUAUGGUGAAGUGAGGACCAGGGAUAAGAAGGGCGUGACGAUCCCCAGCCAACGCAGGUAUGUCUAUUACUACAGCCACCUGCUGAAGAACCAGUUGGAGUAUAAGCCUGUUGCCUUGCUCUUCCACAAGAUGGUAUUUGAGACCCUCCCUAUGUUCAGUGGGGGCACUUGCAGGGACAGUACUGUUAAAAACAGGAGUGAGGCGAACCCCCAGGGCUUCAAGAAAGGAAACUGGCACUGGGACCCUCAGUUUGUCGUGUACCAGUUAAAAGUAAAGAUCCACACGUCGAACCCGUCCCACACGCGGAGGGAAGACAAGCACAUGUUGUUCGAGUUCCCGCAGCCUCUGCCCGUCUGUGGAGACAUCAAAGUGGAGUUCUUUCAUAAACAAAACAAAAUGAUGAAGAAGGACAAAAUGUUCCAUUUUUGGGUAAAUACCUUCUUCAUCCCGGGUCCGGAGGAGAGCCCGGAGAAAUGGGAGAACGGGUCUGUGGUAAACGACAUAGACAGCAAUUCCUCACAGAGUCAGAGUUCUCCGACAGAGCGGGAGAGAGGGAUGGGGGCAGGAGGAGGAGGAGGCGGCGGCAGUGGCGGUAGCAUCGGUAGUGGUGGUGGAGGAGGAGGAAGUGGUGGAGGAGAGCGGGAGCGGGCAGGAGAGCCAGCCGGAGCACCGGACGCAGACCGGGACUACUUGAUUCUAACUCUGACAAAAAAUGAUCUUGAUAAAGCAAAUAAAGACAAAGCAAACAGAUACUUCUCCCCGAACUUUAAGGUGAAGUUGUAUUUCACUAAAACAGUAGAGGAGGCCUCGAACUCGGAGGCCAGCAACUCCACCUCAGUCACCCCGGACGUGAGCGACAACGAGCCGGAUCACUACCGCUAUUCCGACACCACCGAUUCCGACCCGGAAAACGAACCGUUCGACGAGGAACAGCACACACAAAUCACGAAAGUCUGAACUCUUUACACACAGAGACACACACACACACUCUCUUACACACUCAGACACACACCUACAGAAACACUCACAGUUACAGAUACCUAUACACUUGGACUUUUGAAAAAACAAGCAAAACCAACCAACACCAGAGAAAAAAAAAGGAGAAAACUUGAAAAUGUACUGAAGAGAAAAGGACCCUCCCGCCCCCGCCCCCCCCCCCCACCACUCCAGCAGCACCCCAACCAAAAGGUCCCAGGACAAUAUGUGUCAUAUGUGUCAAUAUGUGUCACGAUUACAGAAGAAGGAGAAACAUCCAGACCAAUAUAUUGUUUUAUUAAUAUUAUUAUUAUUAUUAUUCGUGUGGAUAUUGACACCGUUGCCUGAGGUGGGUGGGAGGGUCCUGUAGCUACUCUGUGUGUGUUUAUAUAUAUAUAUAUAUAUAUAUAUAUAUAUAUAUAUAUAUAUGAGAUCCCUUUUUGUGUCAAAGAUGACUAAAACUAGGCAAUCAGGCGAGGAGAGGGGAAGAGGGACAGAGAAAUGACCACAUACAUCUCUCCCUCUCCCUGUCUUCACCCAGGCCAGUGCUGCAAUCACCCUCUCCCUCCCUCUCCUCCUCCUCCGCCCUCGCUCCCUCCUUCCUCACGCUCCCCUCCCCUACCUUUACUGUGAAUGCUUCUCGUGCUGUCCGCAGGCGCCUACGACCUUCUUGACCCGCCCUCCCAUCUUUUCUUGCGCUAUGUAUGCUGGGAUACGUAGUUCCUUCAGGCUGUCUUACAGCAGCUACGUUGUGUCAGCGUUCUUAGUCCAGCCCUGCCCACUACCUCCCCCCCUUCUCCUCCUUACCCCAGCCCUUUACCCCCACUGUGUAUAACGUUAAAUUAUGCAGAAAAAAUGGCAUCCCAUGUAAUUGUCAAUGUUUUUUUAUCCUAAGAUAAUAAAAAAAAUAUAUAAUACACAAAACCGCAGGGAACCAGUGUUUGCAAUAAUGUUAACACUCAAACAUUUAAAGGACAAAACUGGUGUGCAUGUUAUUGGAGUUAGUGUCCAUGUUUAAUAAAUGCUAUACGAUGUGUUUUUAUUAAAAAACAACAAAAGUG